AUGGCAUCCCAGGACGAGAAGAGGAGGCCUGUCGCCCUCAACCUGACACCUUCAAGGUCGUCUUCAACAAAUGGGUCAUAUAGUAGCACGUCCUCGCUGAAGCCGCCAAGGACCCCUAGAUUCGCGGAGGCUACUACUGUAUACUCUCCCAUUGAGCCACAAAUAAGCAACCCAUUUGUUGGCCAGGAUGAAAAUCGAGAUGGUACACAGGCUCAGCCAGCCGAUGUAGGGUUUGGAUACAUCAAUGAUGAUACGCGAACACAAACUGUCAAUGUACCCAUGACACCGAAAACACCAUUGAAAAGUGCCAUGAAAGUGCCCGGGACUCCAGGCAGGAAGUUAGAGAAUCCUCUAAGCCCAACCUUUAGAGAAGAGGAGAUUCUUGAAGCUCGAGAAAAAGACACUGAGGCGGCGCAGAAACGGGAUGUUGGUCUUAAGUACAGGGUCAGAUUAGCCAAAUUCGCUCUUCGUGGUAUUAGCUUUAGCUGCAGCUUGAUCAUCAUCUCUCUGAUUGCGGCCUCCUUUCACGUCUUCAGCGCCACAAAGUCACUUGCGCCGCAGAGUGGCCUUCCAGCCUGGGCUGAAGGCACACAGCUGUGGCCUCAGAUCGUCGUGCUCUCGGUCUCUGGCGUAAAUCUUCUUCUUUGCAUUCUCAUUUUCUUCGGCUACCUAAGAGGAGGUCACCGCAGAGCCGAAAAAGUCGGUGUUUACUACACACUAUUUGCAGUUGGCUGGUUCAUCGCAUCAUCGAUCCUGUGGGCCGCUGCUGCCGGCAUCCUUCAGUUCACCCGCAACAACAGCGGCAAUAAGGAUUUAUGGGGGUGGUCAUGCGUUGAAAACAAGAGAGCCGAGAUCUUCUCAGAAAAGGUGGACUAUGCCCUCGUCUGCCGACUUCAGAAUUGGUCUCUGAUCUGCGCGCUCAUCGAAAUCGUUCUCGAUGUUUUCACCAUCACACUUUACAGCAUCGUAUUCUUUCGAUACAUCACGAAGCGCAAGCUAACUAAGUCCAUGGACAUGCGCGACCGCGCCCGCUCGGACCUCUAUUUGGCGCAAUUGCGUUCACAAUCGGCGCCGAACACUCCAGGCUUCGGUCCUAAAUCCCCUGCUUUCUCACAAUACGCCAUGUCGCCGCGCUUCCCACCUUCCGCCUUCAACUCGCUCUCCGAGGUGUCCAAGGCCCCGACCUUUACUCCCGGUGCUCCUGUCGCCGAACCACCAUCAUCCUUCGCAACCCAGGCCACCGUUGCUAAGCCUGCUGAGAAGCCCUUCAAGCUGCAGGCACCACCUACCAAGGCACGCUCAGCCACUCCCAAGGUUGCACAAGGCGCGUUCACGCCGACUUCCAGCUCUCCUCCCGAAAAUAACUUCACUACGCUUGCGCCUGGCGAACAGCAGUAUGACGCUGUGCCCAUACCUGGGGCGUAUGCCGACGCUGCCGUCAAAAACCCCCAGCCAGGUAUCGGAUACUCAUCAAGGUGA